UUGAUCGAAGAAAACCCAAAUCUAACAUCUCCACACGACUCAGAUCUGAGGAACCAGACACACAAAACACCCUGUGUGGUAGUCCGGUCUAGUAGAAACAGUCGAGGCUUCCAACCAAACAAUCCAUAAAUCCCGGUGGGUAGUCCGCAAAAUCCCAAUUCUCCAAUUCCAUUUGCACCGCCAUGGCUUCGCCAGCGCAGCCAACACCACGCCGCCUCCAAUCCCCUGCGGACCUCGCCGACGACGCCCUGAGGGAGAUCUUCCUCCACCUCGAUUCCCCCGCAGACCUCGCCCGCGCCUCCACCGCCUGCGCCCACUUCCGCCGCGUCGUCGCCGACCACUCCUUCCUCCGCCGCUACCACGCCCUCCACCCGCCGCCGCUCCUCGGGAUCCUCGCCAACGGCUUCAUCCCCGCCGAGCCGCCCCACCCCUCUGCCGUCGCCGCUCGCUCCUUCGCCCAUGCCGACGCCGCCGACUUCUCGUUCUCCUUCCUCCCAUCCCCCCACCGCUGGCGCCGCCGCGACCAUCGCGACGGCCGUUUCCUCCUCUCCGGCGUCCCCGAGGGCAGGGGCUACAAUCGCGGCGACCUCGUCUGGAUCACGGACCUUGCCGUCUGCGACCCCUUGCACCGGCGCUACCUUCUGCUCCCAGCCAUCUCCCCCAACCUAACCGCCUCCGUCCGCCAGACGGACAUCGUCGAUUUUGAACCCUUCCUCGCCCAUGCCGGUGAACGUGACAAGGACACGUCGUUCAGGGUGAUCUGCUUGGCGCAAUGCUCAACUAAGCUGGUCCUUUUCGUCUUCUCAUCAGGCGUAGGACGAUGGCAUUCUGUUACAUUUGACGGCUGGAGUGCUUUGAUCACAGGGCCGGGCGAUCCGGCUUCAGGCUCUGAGUUGUCCCAGAGGUACUACGCGCACAGAUACUUCUACUGGUUGAUGCAUCGGAGGGACAAGUUACUUGUGCUCAACACAAGUGGGAUGGAGUUCUCCACUGUUGAACUCCCACAGGACCACCCGGGGGGAGGGAUUGCCGUUGUGGAGGCAGGGGAAGGACAACUUGGCUUGUUUUCUCUCCGCGACAACAUUGCAGAUGACAUGGUUCAUCUCUCAUAUACCAUCUUGCGAAACCAUGGUGAUAUUGCAAAUCAAUGGCAGUCUGAGGAGGUACUCCCGUUGCCCGUAAAGCAUCGCUAUGACAUCGUGGGUGUAGCAGGGGGAUAUUUGCUCCUACAAGGGAUUCCAGAAGGCAUGUCCGUGAUACAUUUGCCGAAGGACCCAAAUUUGAAGUGUUUUUCGCUGGAGGUCAAGACAUUGCAGCUUGAGUGGUUCUGUCAAACUAGCCGCUCCAUCUUAUAUGGGGAACUGUAUGCUGGUCACCCACCAUCUUUGUCUCCACCAAGCAUAUGAAAUGGGCCUAAUCUUCGUCUUGGGGCUUCUUUGGUGUCAUGCUGCUGAUGUGUACUGCAAGGACGGCUGUCGUGCAGCACUUCAGCCAGGCUAGGUGGCUGGUUUGUCGACUUGUCCUCAAGGCGUUUGAUGGCGUACGUCGCACACAAGAUUUCCUUUGUUUGGUAACUUGAUAUGUACAGAAGCGCCAGUAAACCUUCCAUUGUUGAAUCAACUGCAAGAGUGUUCUUCGGUGCAUGUGCCAUUUAACGCGUGUCUUCAUUGUGCAAACAACGUACUGUUUAAUUCAAGCGCAGAACUGCUUAACUAA